AUGCCAGCAUCACACGCACCCAGCCCGGCACCGAGCUCCGCAUACAGCGAGGACGAGUUUGUCGACGCGCAUGACGGCCAUGAUGCAGUUGGCACAGCGAGCCAGGCCGUCGCGCUGAUGGACACGGAUAGCGUACCAACCACCACAUCGCACCAGAUCGCUACAAUUCCUACCACUGGGGGGUCCUCACCAACUACGUCGUCAACACCCGCGGCCGACCUGCCCACCGGAAGUUCAGCCACGCCCUCACCCCCAUGCCCAGCCCUACUCAACCUCAGCCCGGCCUACACGCACUCCGAGGGCCACACGCCCAUGGCUACGGCUCCCACCUCCCCCACUUCCCCUCGUACCAUGACACCGACAACGCCGACUGUCGGCCUCCCUCACGCCCCUCCCGCAGUCGACAAACCCCGAUUGGGGGGCAACGGCGUCCCGUCGCGCCCCUCCCCGCCCUCCCUGCCACCCUCUCGCUUAGUGAGCGCCACGAUGGCGCGGGCGUACGCCCUGGCGGCCGACUCCCCCACGGAAUUGGAGGAAGAGGAGGUGGUGGAGGCCAGCUCAUUUGCCAACUUGGAGGCGGACGUGUCCGAGUUGGCCAACUUGACCCCCUCAGGUGACGACGAGUGGGUCUCGUUCGUACGCGCCCAACUUGUGCGGCUCUUCCCCGACUUUCACGAUGCCGAGGGCCACCCGGCCGGGGACGCGGAGGGGGAGGUGGAGGGGCAGGAGGAGGAGGGGGGUGAGCCCGCUGAACCAAGUUUCCGCUCUGAGCUGCUUGCCAUGCGUACAGAGAUCGGGGUACUGCGGGGUAUUGUUGCUGAGCUCUCGGAGAACCAGGAGAGCCAGGAGAGUCAGGAGGAAGCUGGAUUUGUCCCCGACGCCGCUCUGGAGCCGCUGGAGCUCGACCCCUCAGCAGUGGGUCUCUCUCUAGCAAUCGUACGUGCCCUCGACGCUUCGCGAUCCGGUGUGCGCCCCGAUUCAGAGGUGUUCGUUUAUGACAACCUCUGCGCCCUGCUUGCCGCCACCGUAUCUGCAACACUUGUUCCCGUCACUUCAUCGGCGCCAGACUCGCCUCCCGCCCCCGCCCCGGCUUCUCCAGUCUUCCCAUCCCCACAUGCCGCGCACCUCCAACUGGACGCGCACGAGGAGAUGGAGAAGGCGCGGGACGUGUCCAUCACCCCGGAAGUUGGGACGCCGCCAAAGGCCAGAGUGCAGAGGUGCGAGGCGGAAGAGAUGUGUGAUGAGGAGCUGCAGGAGGUGGCGGAGAUGGCGGGGGAGGCGCAGCUGCUCGUCUCGUAG